GGCCUUCAGCUCAAGUUCAUAUGCAUCCACCAAGGAGACAACAAAUUAUGCUCGUCUGUGUCGUCUUGUCGUGGAUAUAGGAUCCCAGACAUUGAGAAAACAUUUGAUAGUAUUCACCUACCGGCAGGCCUACAUGGAGUUCUUACAAAGUCUCCUGCACACCUAAUACUGCAGACACUUAGAAAGAGGAGAAUUCUCAAUCCCACUCAAUGGGCUACGCUGUAUCCCCCUUCACCUUCAUCCUUAUCUUCGAAAGAUUUUGAUGUCACACUGCUAAUGGUGCUCUUAAGGAAUAUAUGUGGCUUGACUCCUCCAACCACUGGUUGGGAUAAUCUCCCACCUGCUGUAGAUACGAGUGCUGAAGCCAACAUAGCAAGGGUUAAGUAUUAUAGGAACCAUGUCUAUGGACAUGCCAGCCAGGCAUCUGUGGAUGAUGCAACAUUUAAUACCUAUUGGCAGGAUAUAAGUAAUGCAUUGGUAGGACUGGGUGCAGACGCCGCCGCUAUCAAUAAGCUAAAGACCGAGAGUAUGGAUCCUGUAAUUGAGCAACACUACCAACAAUUACUGAGGGAAUGGAAGAAAGAUGAUGAUAGUAGCAAAGACAGACUUGAUGAGAUUGAAGGUAAAUUGAAUAGUCAAUAAUUAUUGUAGUCUGCUACACAGUCGUUUUUAGUGUCGUCACGCAACACUCCUCCCCACAAACGGCUCCUGAGAACCGAACCACAUUUCGUUCCCGCGGUUAAUCAAUUAGAAUUCAGCUCUUCUUUUCUGGAAGGUGUUCGCGCCACGGUGACUCCUCCAAUCCCAGCUUUGCUUUUAUCGGUGCUCCAUGUGUGAAUGACAGAACAAUCAAACCAUCGCGUGAACCAUCGCGUGAAAACACCUAGAGUAGUGCCAUCAACUGGAGUAGUAUAGUCGUAGUCCUAGUCAAAAUUUAUGAGAUAAACAGCAGCAGUAAGCAAGCCGAGCGAAUGUCGUGCACAACAUCGAUGUGUUUAUAAAGUUUCCGGGUAUAGUUUUGGGAAAUCGCUCAUCAAUAAUAGAAAGCAAUCUUAUAAAUUGAAAUUUGAAUCAGUACCCUUGGGAUUUUAGUCCUCACAUGUACUACACCCCGGAGCAACACCCGUACAAUGACCACAUUCAUCAUACAUAUGCCCCCGGACAGAUGCACGUUAAAAAGUACAAACGGAUCCUGGUCAGAGUCUUAUAGGUCUAUCAAACCUUUCCUUUUUAACUUGGAACUUUCCUGCAAAUUUUAAGUAAAACCUUUUCGUAGCUUGUAGACAUAAAUCUCGGCCGUCCAAAUAUUCAGCGACGAUUGAUUGAUUUGUAGGCCUACUCUGGGACCUUAAGUCGCCGUAAUUUUAAGCAAGUUAAGGCGACUUUACAAAAUUUGCUCAAAAUGUCGUGCGACUUAAGGCGAUAUAAGGUGACAUAUUAAUUGAAUUACAUGUAAGUGUCUGUACGCAUGGAGAUGUAUUCUAACCCUGGUUAGUAACAUCUGCAAAGCAGAGCUGAUAUCUAUUUUCUGGGCCCCAACGUACUCAACAAUAUACCGGCAUUUUGAGUUUCUCUUCAUCAUGACUGGCAAAAGGACAAUGGCAUUUUUAACAGUCCAGCCCUGGCACGUACUCGAAUCCUGGUACACACACGGGAGGCCCAGAACUAGGAUUUUGGCGCUGUUUUGCAGACAGACUCAGCCGAGAGGUUAGGUCCAUCUGUGGCGCAGGCUUAUGGUUUAGUAUUACAUUAGCAGAGGCAAAAUCUGAGUUAGAAGCAACCAAAAGGGAAAAUUUUCUCUUAGCCUUUAAUAAAUGCAUUAUUUUACAAUAUAAGGGACAAAAAAUCAAUAGUUCCUGCCUUUCCUUCUCCAAAAAAUAAAACCGUAAAAGUACAGUAUUUCAAUACAUCUCUGUGGAAUACUGUAAGCUGGUUUGUAGCAAAAAUUUUAUAUUGAAGUCUUUUUUCAUAAUUUGACAACAAACAUUAAAGUAAUUAAUUUAAAACAUGUAAAAUCACUUAUCUAUAUCGCACAUUAUGGAAAUGACGAUCCCCAUUGUAUGUAUUGGCAGUUGCUCUGCCAAUGUUUGUCCUCACACGUUUGGCAAAGAGCGGUGUUUUCCAGUUGCAUUUAAAAACUGAGAAGCGUGUGAUCGCAUCCUCGCGUCCUGCGGCUCACGUAUUGUCAAGUUCCUUAUGCACGAUUGGUUUGUUCGCUAGACCACAAACACAAAAGGAAAGGAAUAUGAUUCGGUUCUCAGCCGCCCUUUGUGGGAAGGAGCAUAGGGUGACGACCCUAAAAACGGCCUUGUAGCAGACUAUGAUUAUUGCGGAUUGAAAGAAAUAACCAUUAGCUUAUAACGGUGUUAUGCAUAACGAAAUGCUAGAACUGAGGGAAUAGGCAUGAAUCAUUUCAAUUAAGAGAAUACAUGCUAUGGAAGAGUGUUAGUUACUUUAUGACCUGCAAUUAAUACAUUCCCAAUUAAGUAGGCUGUAAUUUUGACAUUGGCAAAAACUCCAAGACCAAGCCUGAAAUUCAGCCGUCACUUCGAGUUGGCUUCAGCUAAAUUUAGGCUACCCUAGACCCUCCACCAAGAGAAAAAACACUAUUUUUUAAAAAAAGUGGUGGUGGUGUUAUUUUGUAGCUUUACUCGCCCCCUACCUCUGGAGGAGCAUGUGACCACAGCCAUAAUAAACUCUUGAACCCUUGAGCUCUUCUUGUCAACACUUGCCAGAUAAGAAUUUACAAGACUUCUACAUGUGGUUCCCCCCUUGGACUGAUCAAUAAAUUUUUGAUUCUGAUAACAAACAGAGCAACUAAAGCACAUGACUGAUCAGAUAACAGAAAGUAAAAGGGAAAUUAUAGCAAGCUUGACAGAUCCUGCAGGGGAAGCAAAGCAAGAGAAAGGUAUGUUUUUCAGUUUGUAAUAAAACUUUGGUUGUAUUCUACAGGGCCCUUGAUAUACAUACCCCAACUUCUACAACUUACAAACAAUUUUACAUUAAGUAACUCUCAGCAUAGACCAAUCAGUGGGACCUUUGCAGAUUUUCUCUCCAGUAUUUAAAACUGUUGAUUUUUUUUGAAAUUAUCAUCUAUUAUCUCUUUAACAAGAAAAACGGCGAGUAAACGUGCAUACUUCUACAGCGGCAAGGGUUCUAAAAACAGACCGAGUUUUUAUGUACUGUAUUUGUGUCUGUGCAUGUUUGUGUGCUAUGCUCGCCAGUUUCCUGUUUCAGUUUUCUCAGCUUUUUUGCCUGUUUCCUGCACUUUUUCUCUUGCAUUUGAGGUAAAAUUUGUUAUGAAAAAUUUCAGUCAAAUGUUAUUUCAUAUCUUUUUCAUUCCGAGACUCUUCCUACAAUGAUUCUACAAUCGCACCCCGUUAAUACGGACACAAGGGGUGGGGUGAUAUGAACAGGGUCCUCAUUUACAGGUGUUUGUUUCAGGGGAUUACAUACAUACAUACAUACAUACAUACAUACUUUAUUGCAUAGCUUCCCCUUGGGGGCUCUUCCGCCAUACAUACACGAAUUAAAAUAAAAUGAAAUAAAAUAAACUAGAAAACUAUUUACAUUUCAAUGAUAAAAUAACGAAUUUCUAUAAAUAAUAAUGAACGUUAAUUUUAAAGGCUAUUUACAUUUCAAUAAUAAAAAACUAUCUAUGAAUUAAAAAGAUAUUUAAAAAUUCUCCUUUUAAAAGAGGUAAAAUUUCCAGUGUCUCUUAUAUCUUUAGCUGUACUGUUAUAAAGUUUUGCCCCACGGUAGCUGAAAGUCUUUUGGCCAGUGGCCAGCCUAUACCGAGGCAACGUAAGGUCUUUGUUCUGUCUUACUGAAUUUAGAGCCAAUUUAAGGGCUAUCCCUGGGACAAAAAACUGUCUGUAAUAACGGGGUAUCCGCUUUAAGCGUGUGUCUGUUUUGUAAGGCUAAACUGUGACAUGGUGCAAUUAUAUGUGUUAUUUUCAGCUGCUUUUGACCCAACUGAAUUUAUUGAUAGCAUUUGCCAACUAUACAGCACCCGUGAAAGAUGGAUAGCACCCUUUCCAUGGUUGGAAAAAUUUCGCUUAAGCCUUGAUAACAAUUUCACCAGACUUAAAGUAGUGAGAAGGAAGAAAGAAAGAGGAACAAAGACGAAUGAAACUCUUACUGUGAACGACAUCUUCAAAGCACAUGAGGAAUGCGCACAUCCUAGGACAGUGUUGAUUGAAGGGAAGCCAGGUAUAGCAAAGACCACAUUCUGUAAUAAACUUGCUUACGACUGGGCAACGAAGAAGAAAGGGGAAGAAAAUCCUUCAGGAAGUUUUACUCCAAAUUUCCCACUACUUUUGUUGCUUAAAUGCCGAGAAAUAGGUUCUUACCUUUACCGGGAAGGGCAGCUUUGCCCUCGAUCCAGGAAAGAACAACUGGAAGAAAUCUUUAAUUCCGUUCUUUUGAACGCCAUUGAUGAUCAACUUCUGCCUCAAGAUGUCACAAAAGAAGACAAGGACGAAUUCUUCAAAUUCAUUCGCCAUAAUCAACCAGGCAUUCUACUGGUACUUGACGGCUUGGAUGAGUUACCUACAAAUUUUUUACCAGCGUUUAAGGAAGUAAUUCAAGGAAGAAUCUUACAAAAAUGUCGCAUUGUAGCCACAGCACGACAGGAGGUUGGUAUGGAGUUACGAGAAUGCUGCGAUAGCUUGUUAGAAAUUGAAGGUUUUACCAAAGACGACGCCCGAGAGUUUAUUGUCAAAUACUUCAAAGAGGACGCGCAUUUGGCCGAGAAGCUAUUAAUCAAACUAGAGCUUGACAAAAACCUCAGAGAGUUGACAGAAAGUCCUUUGAAUAGUGUACUUCUAUGCCUCUUAUGUGAGGACUUCGAUGGCAUUUUUCCAGAAAGUGCCACGCAGCUGUAUCUUGAAAUGAUAGAAUGUGUUCUUAGAAGAUACACAAAAAAGAAAGGAUUAGCAUUACCAAAGGCCAAGGGCGAAGACCUCACCAAAGUGUACGAGACUCAACUGAAACAGCUUGGCUCGAUCGCGUUGAAGGACCUUCUUCAGAAUAACAUGUCCUUUGUCGAAAGCGAGUUUGAAAAUUGUGCAGUCGAAUUACCAGAAUUUGGUUUUCUGUCCGUUGAGUGUGGCAGGAGCAAACUGCGACCAUCUCUGAACUAUUGUUUUUUACGUAAGACCUUUCAGGAACUUUUUGCAGCAUUUUACCUCUGUGGCCAGGUUCUGAAUAACGAAAUUUGUCCAGAAAACAUAAUUACCGACACCAGAUAUUUCCGUGAGCUCCAUCAGGUACUUUUGUUCACAUGCGGCCUGUUAGCUUCACAAUCUCAAGAAAAGGUAAAGCCUUUGAUCGCCAGUAUUGCUGAUCAGGUAAACAAUAGCGAUUUAUUAUUUCUCGCAUUACAGUGCAUUGGUGAAUGCAGAAACGACGCCAGUUCUUCUCUUCGUGUGUUGUUAUCUCGUUCCCUUGGCAAAAAUCUUAAAAUGGCAGAGCUGAACUUGUCAGACGACUUCCUUGGUAUUAUUGAGUGUUCUGCGUUGGCGGAGGUAAUCAAGCACAAUUCCUCAAUAACAGUGUUGCAAAUUUCAUGUAAGGAACUUGUUACUGGUGACUGUAAUGCACUGGCAGAAGCAAUCAGACUCAAUUCAACAAUAACACUGUUGGAUUUGUCAGACAAUAGCCUUGGUACUGAUGACUGUACUGCACUGGCAGCAGCAAUCAAAGACAAUCCAGCAAUAACACAGUUGAAUUUGUUAGGGAAUGGACUUGGUACUGGUGACUGUACUGUAAUGGCGGAAGCAAUCAAAGACAAUUCUACGAUAACACAGUUGGAUUUGUCAGACAAUCAACUUAGUACUGGUGACUGUUCUGCACUGGCGGAAGCAAUCAUGCUCAAUUGGACAAUAACACGGUUGAAUUUGUCAUGGAAUGAACUUGGUACUGGUGACUGUACUGUACUGGCUGCAGCAAUCAAGCUCAAUUCAACAAUAACACAGUUGAAUUUGUCAGGAAAUGGACUUGGUACUGGUGACUGUACUCCACUGGCGGAAGCAAUCAAAGACAAUUCAACGAUAACACAGUUGGAUUUGUCAGACAAUCGCCUUGGUACUGGUGACUGUACUGCACUGGCGGAAGCAAUCAAGCUCAAUUCAACAAUAACACGGUUGAGUUUGUCACGGAAUGAACUUGGUACUGGUGACUGUACUGCACUGGCUGCAGCAAUCAAAGACAAUUCAACGAUAACACAGUUGGAUUUGUCAGACAAUCGCCUUGGUACUGGUGACUGUACUGCACUGGCGGAAGCAAUCGGAUACCAUUUAACACUAACACAGUUGAAUCUUUCAGGCAAUGGCCUUAAUACUGAUGAUUAUUCACCAUUGGCGGAAGCAAUAGCUUACAAUUCCUUGAUAACCGUUGAUUUUUAUAAACGCUGGUUUCUGUUUUGGUGA